AUGUCCCUCCUUCCAUUCCACCCGUUUGCUUCUUUCUUUGACGAAGCCUUGCACGACAGUCUCUUCUUUUCGGGAAAUCGCAACAACACGCAAUACCUCUCCUCCUCGUCAAACCAUCACAACAACGACAAGAACAAGAAUGCUGCUUUUUGUUUGGACCAACCUUUGGGAGUUCGGCUCCAACAUCAAAGUGACAAGGCCUUUGUGUAUGUUAUUGAUGCACCAGGAAUCCAACCGGGUAAAUGGAGACUGAAUCUCGAAAAAAAGAAACAAGAAACAAUUAUUCGGUUGAGUGUUGGACAGCAACCAAUAAAAGGAUCCUCAGCAUCAGAAGACGACGAAUCCAGCAGUGAGAGGAGACUCUUUUCAGUGGGUUCCAAAGUGGACGCUGAGAGAAUAAGUGGCAAUCUUUCCGACCAUAUCCUGACUAUCACUGUACCCAAGAAGAAACAGAAACAAUAA